GAAGGAAUACAGUAAAAGGGUCAUUUCAAGUGAAUUGUUUGAUUUGAUUCCAGCUCUAGAUCGAACACAUCAAUCACAAAUUGACAAAUUAUUGGAUAUGUGAAGAGAAACCGCCAAAAUUUAAAAAAGGCUAUGAGUCGUCUAUUGGUAGGGUUGGUAGCAAGGAAUACACGUAAAAAUAGACGAAAUCGUUUUUUUCUCGCAUGCGUAUUGGCUCAAUUUCUUGGCGGGAAAAACUGACAAGUUCCCCCAUGAUGUUAAUGUACUGGUUCUUUUUCCAACAAACGUCCAACAGUUAAUUUAGAAACUAAAGUAAUAUUGUGCAAUUAUCUGUUAUUUUAAAUCAUCAAUAAUGGUUCCGAAACCGGCCCAGAAGAUGUACGUUCUCAAACGGGAUGGUAGACAAGAACAAGUCCAUUUCGAUAAAAUCACCUCUAGAAUCCAGAAACUAUGCUACGGUUUAAACAAGGACUUUGUAGACCCUGUCUCGAUUACUCUAAAAGUCAUCAGCGGUCUUUACCCUGGAGUAACCACAGUAGAAUUGGAUACUCUGGCAGCCGAAACUGCUGCUACCAUGACCAUCGACCAUCCUGAUUAUGCUAUUUUGGCUGCUAGAAUUGCUGUUUCGAAUUUACAUAAAGAAACCAAGAAACAUUUCAGUGAUGUUAUCACUGAUCUUUACCAUAUGAUAAAUGAUAAAACUGGGAGACCUACCCCGGCAAUUUCUGAAAAACAUUACAAUAUUGUUAUGAAAAAUGCUGACAGGCUAAACUCUUGCAUUAUUUACGACAGAGAUUUUGCUUAUAACUAUUUUGGUUUUAAAACAUUGGAAAGAUCAUAUUUGUUGAAAAUCAAUGGAAAAAUCGUGGAAAGACCUCAGCACAUGUUAAUGAGAACUGCUGUGGGAAUUCAUGGAGACGACAUAGAUGCCACCAUUGAAACUUAUAAUUACCUUUCGGAGAGAUAUUUCACUCAUGCCAGUCCAACUUUAUUUAACGCAGCUACUCCUAAACCUCAACUAUCCUCAUGUUUCUUAUUGAUGAUGCCUGAUGAUAGUAUUGAGGGCAUCUACAAGUGUCUUACUCAAUGUGCUUUUAUUUCAAAAAGUGCUGGAGGCAUUGGUGUAAAUGUACACAAUAUUAGAGCUAAAGGAACCUUUAUUGCUGGUACAAAUGGAGUUUCCAAUGGGCUAGUACCCAUGCUCAAAGUAUUUAACAGUACAGCAAAAUAUGUGGAUCAAGGUGGGAAUAAAAGACCAGGCGCUUUUGCUAUUUAUUUAGAACCAUGGCACGCUGAUGUAUUUGAAUUUUUAAAUCUAAAGAAAAAUACUGGCAAGGAAGAAAUGAGAGCCAGAGAUUUAUUUUAUGCCUUAUGGAUUCCUGAUUUAUUCAUGAAACGAGUUGAAUCUAAUGGAAAUUGGUCUUUAAUGUGCCCCCAUCAAUGUCCAGGUUUGCCUGAUUGUUAUGGAGAAAAAUUUGAAGAGUUAUAUGAAAACUAUGAAAAACAGGGAAAGUUUGUAAGGCAACUGCCUGCUCGGGAACUUUGGAGAGCUGUAAUUGCCUCACAAGUAGAAACUGGAACCCCUUACAUGCUUUACAAAGAUGCCUGCAAUGAGAAAUCAAAUCAAAAAAAUCUCGGGACUAUAAAAAGCAGCAAUUUGUGCACUGAAAUUAUUGAGUAUACUUCUCCAGAUGAAAUAGCCGUAUGCAAUUUAGCUUCCAUAGCUGUUAAUAUGUUUGUUUCUGCCAAUGGGACAUUUGAUUUUUGUAAAUUGAAAGAAAUUACUAAAAUAGUUACUAGGAAUUUAGAUAAGAUUAUUGAUGUCAAUUAUUAUCCUGUUAUUGAGGCUAGAAACUCAAACAUGAGGCAUAGACCAAUCGGAAUUGGAAUUCAAGGUUUGGCUGAUGCUUUUAUUUUAAUGAGGAUGCCAUUUGAUAGCGAAGAAGCGGCUCUAUUGAAUAAGCAAAUAUUCGAGACUUUGUACUAUGGAGCUUUGGAGGCUAGCUGUGAAAUUGCUGAGAAGGUUGGAGCUUAUUCUACUUAUGAAGGAUCUCCUGUAAGCCAAGGAAUCCUACAGUACGAUAUGUGGAACGUAAAACCCACAGAUCUCUGGGAUUGGGAAGCAUUGAAAGCUAAAAUAGCAAAACACGGUGUACGCAAUUCCUUGCUCCUAGCUCCUAUGCCUACCGCAUCUACAGCCCAAAUUCUCGGCAACAAUGAAAGCGUGGAGCCUUACACUAGCAACAUUUAUACCAGAAGAGUGUUAUCGGGAGAGUUUCAAGUGGUCAACCAUCAUUUGCUGAAAGACUUGACUGAUAAAGGUCUUUGGGAUGACUUGAUGAAAAAUCAAGUCCUGGCCAAUAAUGGGUCGAUUCAAAACAUCCCUGGAAUUCCAGAUGAAUUGAAGGCAAUUUAUAAGACUGUAUGGGAAAUUUCCCAAAAAGUAAUUAUCAACAUGGCGUCUGAUAGAGGUGCUUAUAUCGACCAGAGCCAAAGCCUCAAUAUACACAUAGAGAAACCGAAUUAUGGAGUUUUAUCUUCUAUGCACUUUUACGGGUGGAAAAAAGGACUCAAAACCGGCAUGUAUUAUUUGAGAUCCAAGCCUGCUUCAAAUCCUAUCCAAUUUACUGUAGACAAAAGUAAACUGUUGGUGAAAGUUAAGACUAGCUCCAUACAAAACGGAGUGACAGUUGUGGAAAAUGGCGCGCAACCAAAAGAAACGGAAAAAAAUGGACAUGAAAAUGAAGAAGAGAAGCAAAACGAGGACGCAUUGGUUUGCUCUUUGAAUAAUCCAGAGGGCUGCGAUAUGUGUGGAUCCUAAGGAAGGUUAUUUAGCCUAUUUUUGCUAAGAGAGGUUUGUAUAUUAGUUACAAGGUUCUUUUGGCAGUAAAAAUUAAGUUCAAAUCAAAGCGAUUUUCGUUGAGAAGAAUUCUGUGUUAUUUUCAAUACACUAUUAGUUGACGAUUAGUGCCUUGUAGUUUUUAAGUGAAACGCGCAUCACCUUCUCCAGCAAAAUUUGCUUGAAUUUUGAGCAAUAAUGCAUAUGCGUUGUAGCAGGUAUUUAUAUAUUUGAAUAGUUGAGGUUUCGUGUCUCUUUUAUUAUUUAUCAUUUUCAGUUUAUUGUUUAUACUUGUGCGAUUAAGUCUUAGUGUUUUACUAACCAGCAAAAAAAGUGUGAUAACAAUAAAUUCUAUAGUUUUUUCAAUGUGAUGGUGAAUAGAAAUUACAAAGAAUUUCCAGUGUAGAUAGAAGUUAUUACUUAGGGAAUUUCUUUGUAAGACUUGCAAUGUCUAGACAUUGCGGCAUGUUGGGACAUUUUAAAAUUUAUUCAAUGACCCAUUUGGAUAUUUAUCCUUUUGAAUGUGACAGUUGCAAAGCAAAAUUUCAACGAAAAACCUAUUUUCUGAUACACUCUCGACUAAGAUGAAUUUUCAAUGCAGCCAAGUUUGAGUCUUGAUAUUUUUUCUUCUCUGAAUAGGAUGACAAUAAAUUUCAGAGUUUUUUCAAUAUGGUGAAUAGCGAUGUUAGCUAUUAUGAGAGAUCCAAAUAAAUGAAAGUUAAUUAAAGAGAAGAAAUUUCCAAUUCAGAAAUUAUUAAGGAAUUUCCUUGUCACUUGCAAUGCUUGGAAAUUGUUGAAAAUUGAUUUUAGUGACCCAUUCGGAUAUUUAUCCUUUUGAAUGUGAUACUUGUAAAGAAAAAUUUUCCAUUAUUGUCCUAUACACUCUCAGAUAAAAUGAACUGAUUCUCAACCUCAAAUUGACAUUAUUCGCGCAUUAAGAACAAACAGUACUGAAAUUUGUAUUAACUUAACAAUACUUGAGGUGGACCUUCAAUAGUGGUGCAAAGCAAAAUCGUAGUUUAAGUUCCACUUAAGUCUAAGGCUCACCUUAAGUUGUAGCGGUGCAAAUAGCAGCUAUUCAUUUAAAUAACGAUUAUGCAUAAUAGAAAAAUAAUUUUCACAGAUAAAAUAAGUUUGUCCCUUAACUACUUCAUAAUGAUUUUAUUCAGUUUUUACAGGAUCAAUAAUUUAAAAAAAAAAGUUGAUAUUUAUGGAAUUUAUUGGUCUUCUACUUUUUUUGCUGGUCUGCAUAAAUGUAUAAUGUUGUCUUGAUUUUUAUAUUAACUAAAUCUCCCAGUUUGGUGUGAUUCCAUUUUAUGUUUCUCAUGGUAGCAUGUAUUCCUUAUUUUUUUAUAAUUAUUAGAUAGUAUUACACAACCAAACAUUUAAUUUUUUAAGUUUUAAUUUAAGGUAAAUAUACAAAUUAUCAA